UCAUAAAUGACGUUGCUUUGUUUUGCUGUCACUAAUCGAAUCUUUCCAUCCAAAUUUUGAUCAUUCGCUGUUUCUACACUUUUCCGGAAGGAAUAUCUCAAUACAUCACAGGUAUGGUUCGCAUUCUGUUCGUACACCCGGAUUUGGGAAUCGGCGGCGCCGAGCGGCUUGUCGUGGAUGCUGCGCUGGCACUGCAAAAUAAAGGUCACACGGUCAGUUUUCUGACCAAUCAUCACGAUCCGGACCAUUGCUUCGAGGAGACGCGGGAUGGUAAGCUACGGGUGUUGACCGUGGGUGACUGGAUUCCGAGAGACAUCUUCGGAAAGUGUUACGCCGUUUGUGCGUACGUAAGAAUGGUUUAUGCUGCGUUCUACUUUACGUUCUAUCUGUCUAAACAGGAACGUUACGACGUUGUAUUUUGUGAUCUUAUUUCGCUGGGGAUUCCAAUUUUCCGGCUGGCUAAGUCUCACCCCAAGGUGUUAUUCUAUUGUCAUUAUCCGGAUCAGUUACUGUCACAACCAGGCAGUAUAUUCAAACGGUACUACCGAAUGCCGUUAAAUUAUCUGGAAGAAAUCACGACCGGUAAAGCUGAUGGAAUCCUGGUGAACAGCAAAUUUACUAGUCGCGUUUUCAAGGAGACGUUUAAGCGUAUAUCCGUUGAUCCGGACAUACUGUACCCGUCGCUAAAUACAAAGUAUUUUGAUGAAACGGUAAUUGAGGAGAAGGACAAAAUAUCCGGUAUUCCUCCCGAGUGUUUCGUUUUUCUUUCGAUAAAUCGGUACGAGCGUAAAAAGAAUCUAUCUCUCGCGCUGCACGCUUUCAAAAAAUUACAAGAAAUGAUUUCCCCGCAUGAAUGGAAUAAGCUUUUGCUAAUAUUGGCAGGAGGAUACGACGAGCGGGUCCUGGAAAACGUCGAACACUUUGAUGAACUAGAAGAACUGGCUGAGGACAUGGGCCUUCGUUCAAAAGUACGAUUCCUUCGCUCUCCAAGCGAUCGAGAGAAACUAUUUCUGCUGCAGCGCGCCCACGUAUUGGUUUACACCCCUGAGAACGAACAUUUCGGUAUAGUGCCUCUGGAGGGAAUGUAUUUGGCCAAGCCUAUAAUCGCAGUCAACAGUGGAGGUCCAACCGAGACAAUAAUUCACGAUCAAACAGGCUUUUUAUGCGAACCUGCACCGGCCAGCUUUGCGAACGCCAUGGCCAAACUGGUCAAAGAUGACAGGAGUUGCGAGCGGAUGGGUGAAAUGGGCCGCAAGCGCGUUCAGCAGCGAUUCUCGUUUGAGGCAUUUAGCACUAAGUUGGACAAUAUUGUGACCGAUUUAGUCGCAAGAACAGAAGAGCCCAGUAAGCAGAAAUAGCGAAGACUUGUCUUUCCGUUGUCCAGUUUCCUGUUGCUUCAGGCCAUGCGGAAUGUGAUUAACUAACCGAUGAAUCGUCGUCUCUGUUCCCAAUCCACCAAAGAAGUGAGGAUUAUGUAUUGUGCCACAGAGGUAUAUAUUGUAAUGCUAGGUUAAGGUUUACUGACCUUGGACUUUUCAUAAAAAAUGUAACUUAACAUUUUUAGUACUAAGGCAAAUCGAAUGUUGUACAUUUGUGACUACCCGGAUUAGAAUAGGUUUGCUGCCAGUUGACAUGGCAAAGGUUCAUUAUUUUUUUUAUUGCGCAUUGAUUUUUCACUUUAACGAGAGCAGAGUGGGCACAGCCAUGCUUGCACAUGACGCAAUAAACACAUUGCACAUUACCUUAGUCAACCGUUUCCCAAACCUAUGAAAACCCAGUGGAACGGCAAGCUUAGAUGCUUUUUAUCCUGUACAAGUAGUUACUGACUAAAAAUCUUCACGUGUUAGUUGUUUAACUAGUUUAUCGUGACAUUAGAAGUGUUAAUCAUGCAUCCAAUAUAGCAUUGCUUCCAA